AUGGCACAAUUACCUUUUUAUCAAAAUGCUGAAUGUAUCUUUGGGAUGGAUAUGGCAAUUAAGAAUCGAAAGAAAGUAUCUCCAGCUACAUGGUGGCUAACUUAUGGAGCAACAACUCCAAAUUUGAGAAAUUUUGCUAUUAAAGUGCUUAGCCUUACUUGUAGUGCAUCUGGUUGUGAGCGUAAUUGGAGCAUCUUUGAGCAUAUUCACAGUAAAAAAAGAAAUAGACUAGCUCAAAAUCGCUUGAAUGAUUUGGAAGUGAUGGAUAGAGAUGAACUUGUUUUUGAAGAUGAUGAUUUGACAUGGAAUGUGGUUGCUGCAGCUACUGGAGCUGAAGAGAAUGCCUACAACACUAGAUUAAGCAAAGGGAAAAAUGUUGCAUCUACAUCACAGCAAAAAAGAAAAGCAUCAUCCACUCGUACUUCUUCACUUCUUGAAGACGAGGAAGAAAAUGAUGAUGAUGAAGAUGUUAAUUUGGAAGAUGAGUAUGAGGAGGAUAAUGAAGAUGAUGAAGAAGAUGAAGAAGACGAAGAGGAUUUUGAUAUUUCUAUUGAUGUGGAUUGA